GGCUUUCAAUUAUCAUGAUUGCACACUUUUGAUAAGUUUGAAAAUACCCAUUUCACUCCUUAUUUUAAUUCCGAACAUGCGACAUAUUUUAAUCCGACAAAAUACAAAGUUCAAUAAAAUUUGUAUAAAAAGCAGGUUUAUGUCUGGAAGAUAAUAUAUCAGAUAUAUAUUUGUAUCAACGCUUGCGUACUGUAAUAUCUUUGAAGGCAUGUGUUCCUAGUAUUACAAAAUGUUUGAAUAUUAAAACAUCGAACAUUGUAUAGUUAUGAGAUUGUAAUUAAAGUGACAACACUUGCAAUUGUGGCAAUGGCUGAUCAGGAUGCGAAUAAUAAUAACCUUCCAUUAAGGGAAAAUUUAGUAAAAACUGCUGUGGAGUUUUUAAAAAAUCCUAAAGUAUCGGGUAGUCCUAUAAGUCCUAAAAAGGAAUUUCUUAAAAAGAAGGGUUUAACAGAGGAUGAAAUUAACAAAGCCUUUAAAUUAGCCUCUGUUGAUGCCACGGUUGAUCAAGGUGUUGUUCAUAAUUCAAGUGAUUAUACUGUUGUUCCAAUUCCACCACGUCAAGUCUAUCCAUAUUUACAAACAUAUCCAUAUCAAUUAACUCCUUUCCAAAAAAUUAAAGAAUUUUUUAACACUGCUGCUUUAAUUGGAGCUACUGUAUAUUGUGUUUAUUGGUUUUAUAAGAAAUUUAUUAAACCACUUUUAUUUGGGAGAAAAAAGAAAGAUAGUAUACAAGAUUCAGUCAAUGAAUUAGAUAAGACAAUUCAAAAUUCUAUGAAAGAAGUAAAACAGUCUAUUUCAAAAGUUGAGGAUGAUGUGCAAAAGUUGACACAGAGUCAUUCAAUUGACCCAAUAAUACCACAGUUGGUACAAGAACUGAAACAAGAUUUAGCUAGUCUCAAAUCCUUACUUUUAUCAAGAAAACAAUUUCCAAGUGCGCCGGCAUCUGUACCGUCUAUAUCUAUUCCAUCAUGGCAAUUAGAUGCUGCAGGUACAAAUCAAGAUAAACCAAGUGAACGAGAAGAUGAUGCUGGAAGUGGAAGUAGUACUAAUAACUCAGAUAGUUCUCUGGAAAUGAUUCGCGAGGAUCCUAAGGUGUAAAUUAAAAAUACUACAAACAUUCACUUCCAUCAUAAAAAUCUUCGAUAUGCAGAAUAUUCUGUGAUGUUUAUUCAAAGAAAUAUAUCAAUUAUAUUCUGAUCAUAUGUAAUAUAUAUAAAUAUAUAUAUAUAUAUAUAUUAAAGUCGAUGUUCUCAGGCUUAAUUUAAGCUUAAACUUGUCCAGCAUUAUUUUAACUUUGUACUGUAAAAUCGAAUUAAAAUCAUUUUUAUUCUUACAAAUGGUACUGAAGGUUAUUUAUAAAACAAAACGAUACAUGUAAGGCAUUACUUUUUACGUAAUAUUAAAUGUUAUAAACGGUGGUUGUUACUUAAUGUUUCUUUUUUUUAAAUCCUAGAAAAAUUAGCAUUCAUUUUUUUCCCUUCAGUUGAUUAGCAUCGAUGUUCCAUCCCUGCUUUUAAAGGCCUCGUAUAUUGUUUAAUCAUUUUUAUGCAAAUAAAACGAGAGAAUUAUGUAAGAAAUAAGAUCGUUCUUUUAAUGUCCUUCGUAAUGCUAGCACGCAUUGCUGUACGAUAUUAUCUAUUAUAUAACACAAAUAAUCUGAUAAAAAUAUUUAACAGUGUACUAGGAAAGGUAUACAAACCAAAAAUACGUACUAUUUUUACAAACUAAAUAUGUACAUUUUAAUCUGUACUUAAAUUUAAAAGGACAAUCGCGAUACACAAAAUCACAUUAAGCCAUUAACUAGAUUUAUACAACAGAUUGUUUCCUUUUUUUUUGCACUAUAUAUUUGAAAUUAAAAAAUUAGUAUUUCCUUGACAUAUACAUAUAUUUGCAUGUAUGUGACAGCAAGACAUACAUACAAGUACAUACAGACGUAUUAUGUACAGAAAGACGUUAUUUUAUUGGGUGUGGUAUAAUCCUGCGCUAAUCUAUAUCUAUUACCCAUGGCAAUCUUAUUUUGGAUUAAAUUACAAUUAGUAAUAUAAAUCCACGUGAGCAACUCGUUUGAUGCACGUCAAUAAAUAAACAAAUGUUCUCAAUUGCAUUACGAUUUAUUUGAGAACAAAUUAUUUUCUUACGCACAUGGGCAUUAUCCUUUUUCAAUCAAAAUUUUAUAAUUAAGUAAAAUUAACAUUUAUAUAUAUUUAUAUACAUAUAUGUAUAUAUGCAUAUAUAAAUAUUAUGUAAAAAUCAUGUUCAAUGAUUUUUAAUUACACCGUUCAUUCAUACAAAUCAAUGUUUCUUACAACAAAUACAUCCUUUCUCAUAGUAUGUACAAAUUGUAUAAUAUUUACUAGUACUUUUGGAUGAUUAAACAAUCGAACAAAGUAUACAGCUAUGCAUAUGAUUACAUUGUUUUCCUUUUCUUUUUUUUUUUUACUGUAACUUUAUUCGCCUAUGUUUCUGACGUAUUAACAUCGUACAUCGUAUUUUAAAUAAUUCUAAUCUUCUCAAAAAUCUGAUGAAAUCAAAUCGCCUCUUUGUAAUUUUUUAAUACUUCCUUUUAUUAUUAGAUAUAAUCAGGAUAGCUGCCUCACUGAUACAGUGAGUUACAGCCAAGUCCGCUUAAAGUGACUUAGUAUAUUUUCUUUUCUUUUGUCUGUUUUUUUUUUUCCUUUUCGUU